UCCGAGCAGCGGGUCUGAUCCGCCUCCACCGCCCCCUUAGCUGCAACGCUGUCUGCAGCACGGACGCCCGUGCACGCUGCGUCUCUGCCGCCGGCUGAGGUGAGCUGCCCCCCCCCCCCCCCCGUCCCCUCCUAUUCCUCCGGUGCUUCUCGGAGCAAAAUGCGCUGAUCCCCGCUGCGUUGGAGGCAGGAUGAUUUCUGUCGUCUCCACUGUGGAGAGCGCUCCCAUAGGAACGGGCACACCGGCGCCGAGCCUCUACCAGCGGAUCAGGAAGGUGUUAACCAGGGACCUGCUAGUGACCCUGGCCCUGGGCCAGGUUCUGUCCUUGUUAAUCUGUGCUAUUGGUCUGACCAGCAAGUACCUGGCUGAUGACUUCCACGCUAACACACCAGUGUUCCAGAGCUUUCUCAACUACAUCCUGCUGUUUCUGGUCUAUACCACUACACUGGCAGUCCGGCAAGGGGAGGGGAACCUGCUGGCCAUUCUGAAGCAGCGCUGGUGGAAGUACAUGAUUUUGGGUUUGAUAGACAUUGAGGCCAACUACCUGGUCCUGAAGGCUUACCAGUACACUACACUCUCCAGUGUACAGCUGUUAGACUGCUUUGUCAUCCCGGUGGUCCUGCUGCUGUCUUGGUUCUUCCUCCUGGUGAGGUACAAGGCCGCACACUUUGUUGGGGCAGGACUGUGUUUGCUGGGGAUCGGCUGCAUGGUGGGAGCUGACAUCCUACUUGGUCGGCAGCAAGGUCUAGGAGAGCAGAAGCUGUUUGGGGAUCUCCUGGUUCUGGGAGGUGCGACACUGUACGGGAUCUCUAAUGUCUGUGAGGAGUUCAUUGUGAAGAACCUGAGCCGGGUGGAGUUCCUAGGCAUGAUGGGACUCUUCGGAUCCUUCUUCAGUGGCAUCCAGCUGGCCAUCAUGGAGCACAAGGAGCUGCUAAAGGUGUCCUGGGACUGGCAAAUAGGUCUGCUCUACGUUGGUUUCAGUGCCUUCAUGUUCAGCCUGUACAGCUUCAUGCCGGUGGUGAUAAAGAGGACCAGUGCCACCUCAGUCAACCUCUCUCUGCUCACAGCUGACCUGUACAGCCUCUUCUGUGGCCUCUUCCUCUUUCACUACAAGUUCUCUGGCCUCUAUCUGUUUUCGUUCUUCAUCAUUAUCUUGGGCCUGGUCCUUUACGCCUCCUCAUCUACCUAUGUGGCUCAGGAUCCGCGAGUCUACAAGCAGUUCAGGAACACAGGCAGCCAGCUAGCCACCGGGUCGCCCCCGCUUGGUCCUCGAGUCCUGGAGCCCUCCGUCACCUACACCAGCCUGGGCCCCGAGCCGGGGGACGAGCUUCCUGUGCGUGUAGCCUAAGAGGAUCUGGAAGGUCUGCCAGGGUUUAGUCUCUCAGCCUGGUGGAUCAGUGUGUCAGCUGCAGCCUCCAGGCUUGGCCCACAGUUGUAUACAGAGAAAUAGUGCCAGCUGUGCCCAGUCUUCUGAGCAGGGCAGCUGCUGAUCACCCAGGUAGGUCCAGGUUUUCAUUGUAUGGCCUGUAUUGAGGGACGUAGUCUCCACCUGCUCACUGACCAAGUUACGAUAAAUUCAUGUACCCCAAUAUGUACCUGAUAAAGGAAUGACCAGAAUGUAAUUAACUCAAAUAGCAAAGCAAGUGAAAGUGUUGAGUUCACUGUGAUCAAUGACUGUGAGUAGACAGUAGUGACUGUAAAUGAUCAUUCAUGCAAAAUGGUGUUGUCAUUUUAUUUAAUCUCCUGGUUUCUUUUUAUAUGUCAGGAAUGUUUGUGCUUAUUCACUGUGGAUAUGAUAAAACUGAAUUCACUUCAUUCCUGUUUUCAUUUCUGUUCUUAUUUACAGUGUUUCUAAAUCCACCUGUUCAAAGUCAAUGACAGCUGUAGUCAGAGAUAAACAGACGGGAGUCAUUUAAGACUUCCAGAUGAAGCAGUGGCUGAGGUAGAAGUCUUCUGCUGGUGGUUUGUCAUGCGGUGGAUAUUUUGUAGGCUGGUGAAGAAAUAUCUAAACUUCAUCUAAAGUUUGACUGCUCCAGUAUUUACAGUGUGAAGACAGCUUUAAAACAGCAUUUAGAGAAACACAACAGCUGAUGAAAAAUCUAAAUAAUAAUAAUAAUGUUAGUAAACAGCAGAAACAUUAUCUUUGGUGUUUGGUCAGGUGGUGGGAUGUGGUCUUGCACUGGGGGGACUUGGACUCAUGACCUCAGCGUUUCUACAAUCCUGGCUUCUGUCCUAUACUAGUUCUGAUCGGUCAAAAUACAAUCAAGGCUGGAGCACGUUGUUUGUUAUCAGACAUACACCACACACAGGUGCUUAAGUGCUGUUAAAGGUCCACAUUUUAUUUAAUUGUUGAUCCAUAAGUAGAUAUAUUUGUGGUUUUAAGAACCAAGAACCAUCUCAAUUUAGUUUUACAUCUCCUCUCUUAGGCUUCUCUCUGGAGCUGUAGUAACAACAGGUCGGGAGCCAAUCAGAAGAGAGGAGGCUCUGAGCCUGCUUUGUUGUGACAUCAUAAAGUUCCAGAAGUCCUGAUGGCUGGUUAUAAGGCUCAGUUUCUGAAUACAGGCUGUCUGCAUUUCUCGGUGGACUGAGCGCUUUGAUACUUUCACAGUAUUGAUAUAGAACCUAGACCUGCUUUAUAAUCAAACAACACAUGGACAUCUACCUUUAUACUGUAUGGACCUUUAACUCAGUUUAACACCAACUGUAACCAGCAGCUUUGAGAGUGAUGGCGGUUGCAUGUCAUACAUUAAAACAAAUGUUUACUCAUUUCAUACCAGACUCCUCCAUAACCACAGACGCUGACAUCAACUCUGUUCCCUCGUCAACCACCUCAGCUGUCUCUCCUCUCUGUAACAGGAUUCAUUCAGUAGGAGUCACUUUAUAAAACAAACCGAUCCACAACAGACUAUUAUAAUCUGCUAAUUUCUUUCAUAUUCAUUCAUUCACAUUCACUCAUUCACACCAUGCUACUUAAAAGAAAAGUCUGCCGUGAACAUUUAAGGAAGGAUUGUGUUGCAGAUUAUGAUGGUCCAGUUGAUGAUGUUGUACCGUCAAGAGAUAACAAAACAAAAUAAAUAAAAAUCUGUUCUGUUCA